AAACCCUGAAACCUAACAAAAACAAAGCUUCACACUCUUUCUCUCUCUUUCCCUCUCUCUCUUUUAACUAAACACUAAAUUAUCGAUCCUCUCUCUUAUUCUCAAAAAUCGACGCUAAAUCAAAACUCCCUCAAAAGCACACAAGAGAGAAAAAGAAAAAGAAGAAAAACCCUAAUGGAAUCGGUGGAUUCCGGGUCACAUCGAUCCGACCCGGUAAAAGGAGACGACCCAGGUCCAUCUUUCGUCUCUUCGCCACCGGCUACACCUAGCAGGUACGAGUCACAGAAGCGACGAGACUGGAACACGUUCUUGCAGUACCUCAAGAACCACAAGCCUCCUCUUGCCUUGUCACGGUGUAGCGGAGCGCACGUGAUCGAGUUCCUCAAGUACCUCGAUCAGUUCGGUAAGACCAAAGUCCACGUGGCGGCUUGUCCUUACUUCGGCCAUCAGCAGCCUCCGUCUCCUUGCUCCUGCCCUCUCAAACAGGCUUGGGGAUCUCUCGACGCUCUGAUCGGACGGCUGAGAGCUGCCUACGAGGAGAACGGUGGACGGCCGGACUCAAACCCGUUCGCCGCACGUGCGGUUAGGAUUUACUUGAGGGAAGUCAGAGAGAGUCAGGCAAAGGCUCGUGGGAUCCCUUACGAGAAAAAGAAACGGAAACGGCCACCAACUGUCACAACCGUUAGAGUUGACGUCGCUUCUUCGAGACAAAGUGACGGCGACGCUUGUACCGUCGGUGCUCCGUCUGUCGCCGUGCCGCCUUAAUCAAGAUUAAUUAAUAUAUUAUAUAUAGUGAUAUUAUUAUUUAUAGGGGUUUUCUUGGUUUUAUGAUAUAUACUUAUCACCCGGCUUAUUACUAUAUAUGAUGUCUGUAUGGAACUCACUUCACCUUCUUUUGUUCCGUGGUUACUGGUCUUAUUAAUUUUUUUGAGUUGAUCGUGAUAACAUAUUUAUAUAAAACUUAAAACGGAGAACGCAUUUUUUUUUUCUUUUAGUUCAGUGGAUCUCUGAUGCAUUAAGUUCUUGAAUUUUGAAUUUUUAUAAAAUUCGGACCACACACUUUCAAGGACUAAUGCGGUUUUUUUAUUUAUUCUUAUAUCAUGAAUUAUGUAGAUCUUACUUUUUUUCGAUUCUGAUAAAACGUUAUCAUUGAAACAAAUCAUGAGAUUUGAUUGUCAAUAAUGUUUUUCAUAUUAUAUAUUUUCUAUAGGAAUUAUGUAGAUGAUCUUACUUUUCAGAGAUCAGCGAAAGAAGACGAUGACGGAUUAAUUAAAGAGACAGAUGAAAAAGCAGAGGUGAGAGUUGCUCAGCUUGCGUUUAUACAAUCUGUGUAAGAAUGUAUCGUAUACACAUGGCUAUUUUUUUGAACAUAUAUAAUGUCGACUUUACCUCUUUACUAAUCCUACAUUAUAAAAUAUUUUCAAGCAAAUAGUUUAAAAAUACUUUUUAGCGGACUAUAUAUAAAACGUGUGAAAAGUUAUGAA